CUCAUUCCCUGAGGAUGAUAGCCUCCUUCAUCGUAGGAGACACCCCCUUCCCAGAAGGCAGCGCUGUAGUUUUGUUGGAUGACAUUCAAGUUAUGUACUAUGACACGAUUAUCGAAAAGCUUGUACACAGAGGACAGAACAACCCCACUGUAAGACCAGGCCCAUCUGACUUGAAGUACAUUGGAGAUGUCAUUGGACACAUAUCAGCACACAUGAGGCACAGAGUGUUGUACUUGAACAGUCACCUGAAUGACACAAGCAAUGUUUGGAUCCAUCAGCGAACAGCUACAUGUGAGAUAUCGGACAAUGAUCAGCCCAGGGGUCUAAUAAUCAGAGAUGCCUACAACGGAGAGAGCGGGGACAUUCGCUAUUACAAUCCAGAACUUAACACUCUUCACACUGACCGUGUGUGGCCAGAAGCAGCGGAUCAUUCAGCUGACAGUCUUCAUUUUAUGCAUGAAUACAUUUACCAUCCCACCUGUAUUAGCCUGCUGCAGAAACAUCUUGCCAAUGAAAGAAACCGGGUUCUUAAAAAAGUGAAGCCCAAAGUGAGGAUCAUCCAGAAACGAGGUCCAGGCUCCUCAGUUCGUCUGACCUGCCUGGCCACUGGCUUCUACCCCCGUCACAUCAACCUGACCCUGCUCAGAGACAGCCAGCCUGUGCCUGACCACCAGAUCACUGGGGGGGAGCUGCUACCUAAUGGAGAUGAGACGUACCAGAUGAGGAAGAGCCUGGAGGUCAGCACAGAGGAGCUACAGCAGCAUCACUACACCUGCACAGCUCAACACCUCAGCCUGGACAACAAACUGGAUGUACAUUUAGACCAUGAGUGGGAUUCGGUAACCACCUCUAUUGUACCCAGUGUCCUUGUAGCUGUAGCUGUGUGCCUGCUUGGAGGAGUUGUGGUCAUUUUCAUUUGUAGGAGGAAACACAGUGGUAAGAUAAUUGUGUUACAUGUGCGCCUGAACCAUUAA